AUGAAAGGUAAGGGCAAAUCGACCGAUGCACCAAAAGGGGGAAAAGCUACCAAAAGUACCAAAGCGAAGAGGCCCACCAGAACAACCAAGGGAAAAGCACAAAACAGCAAAAAGGGAAAACAAGGAAAUCUACAGAACAUAAAGCAGCCCUGCAGCGACGAAAGCGACGUUUACUUUUACAACGAUCUCCAGAGAUGGACAAAAACUAAUGUGAAAGUACCAAUAUGGCUAAAGAAGCCAAAGGAUAUAGAAUCGACAAACGAAUUUUAUAAAAAUGUGAUAAAAAAAUUGUUACGAGUAAAAAACAAAAUAAGAGCUUACCAGAUAGAAGAAGCAUACCUUAUAGAUUGUCUGCGAAAAUGUUUGAUGGACUUAAAUUUAAAUUCGAUUAGGUCCCUCGAUUAUGUGAAUUAUGAAAUGCUUAAGAAACUAUGUGAAGGUGACUACAGCGCUUUUUUUAAAAAUGGUGAAAAUAAUAAAGAAGAAGAUAAAUGUUUGCAGCUCACAAAAGAGCAAGAUGGUACAAGGGAUAGUCAGAAGGACCUUGUCCAUGAACCCAUCCUCAAGGAUGGCAACUGUGAAGAUCAGACUACACACAAUAGUGUGGACUGCCCAACGGGUAAGGUAACCCCUCUACCUGGAGAAGACAUAAAAUGCUUGAUAGAAAGCUUGAAGAAUGCCCUGUCGGUGGAGAAAAGUGAGAAGGAGAAAGACAUAAUGAAACAUGUCUUUAACAAGGUAAUUAUUCCUGGGGCAUUUUUCGAAAAUAAUAACUUCUGCCCCAUUUUUAUGAACCUGCUGAAAUUGGACAUAUACAAUUCUUGCUGCUUGAGCGGCACAGAGUUGGGUCCUAAGUUGACGAGUCUGAUUGAACUUUUGAAUAACUUUGAUGAGGGGAUGGCGGAUGGUUCCAACACGGGGGAGAAGCAGGAAGGCGUUCCCAGCGCGAGCAAUGCUGGAACGCAACACGGCGAUGCCAAACCGGGUGGCGCCCACAACAACGAGUCAGAGGAAAACUCAUAUAAAGAAGAUCGCCUCUUCUUCAAAAGCCAAACGUCCCUAUUCAAGUUAUCACAGUACUGUAUAGAAAAGGGCAUCGUGGAUAACCACCAAGUGGCCUCCUUCGACACCAUUUACAUUUACAGCGGGAAGGAAUCCCAGCAUGGCGGAAACCAAUCUCCAUUUGAUAAGCACAAAUACAAAAAUAAGAAGAAGAAAUUAUUCUCCCAUGGGAAUUUAAAAUAUUCUCUCGACAUUACAAAAAAAAAAAAUGAAUCUUUGCAUUUCAUUAAUGAGCAAAAAGAUAUCCUGGAAAGUAAUUCUACUCGAAGGAGCAUAAAUCACCCCCAUGUAGAAAGACACUAUGAUAAAAAUGCUACACCUGUGAGGGAAGAGAAUGGGUGGGAAGGACUUGUAGCUAACGAGAGUGUCGCUUGUGUUAAGGCAAAGGAGAGUCCACAUGGGAGGGAACUGCUACCAUUUUUAAGCCAUUUUGAUGAGAAGGAGGAACUACCAUCUGGGGGUAUUGCUACUGCAGAGAAGGAGGCCAUUUCUGUAGUGGCCAGUGUAAAUGAAACGGAGCAAUCGUUUGUGAGCGCGGUGAGCAAAUUCGAUUGUGAAGGGAGCCACUCAAAUAAGUGUCGCACUAUAGAAGGAUGUAAAGAAGACCCACACAAUUAUUUACAUAACGAUUGGCUUCAAUUUGAUGAAGGAGGAAAUGUAGUAGCACGUGCGGGAUUAGACGAAGAGUUCCUUCAUGGAAGUAAUACGAACAAGUGUGAGACGCCACGCAAGGUAAGUCCACCCACAGGAAGAGAAAGGUUUAGGUUGUAUAAAGAGAACGAGCAGGAAACGGGUGACCAAGGCGUUGAUUUACCUCUACAGGUAUGUCAGGAAGACUGCCAAUAUACGGACAGCAACACCAUGAUACGUAAGAGGAAGCUGCACCAGACUGACCACAGCAGCCAAGACAAAACACAACCCUUCCAAUAUAACACCUUUGAGCUUUAUAUGGAUAAUGGGCAAAUAAAAAAAAAUAAAAGACUAGAUAGCAUUAACGAAUUUGAGGAUGUGCCGAUCGAGGUGAACAAUUGCGUUGAAAAAUCACAUGACAGUAGAUGCAGCGAUGUUGCCGGGACCCAAGUAAGGUUCCUGUUAGAGGGUAGCGAGGUGGGAUGUGGUAGAGGCACAGAUGAAGGGAGCUUUACAAACAAGGGAAGCAACCCCCUAGAUUGGGAUGAACUCCUCAACCGCAACGACCACGUCACGUCCUCUAUAGGAAGUAACCUUCCUAGCGCCUUUCCCUCCAGUGGAUACUCCCAAGCGUAUCAAGACAGCGACACGUCUGUCAUCAUCGAAAGGAUUAACUACGACAGGAAAAAGGGUUCUGAUUCAGAUGGUGCAAUAAGUGAAGGAGUUAAUGCGAUGAAGAAGUUGCUUCCCCGCAGCACAACAAGGCCCAAGUGCAGUGCAGCUGCUGUGUGUGAUUUUUCUACAGAGAAGAAAGGACAUAUAAAUGAAGAGGAUAAAAAUUUGAUAUCCAUUAUAGACCGCUUUUGUGAUGAUUCUAAUUUAAGUGGCGUUAUCGAUGUGCAUGAUUAUUUGAAGAGCAGCCUCGCUUCUCAUUCCGAGGUGGCUUCUUAUCCCGUGGCGGCUUCCCAUUCUGAGGUAAUCAUUUUGGAGGACAACGAUGAGGUUGGGGAUGAAGAUAAAAGGGGGGAAAAGAGCGCCAAGGACAUGCACGACAGAGCAGGUCGUAAAUGGGGGGAAGAGGACAACCCCCCCCAGAUGGAAAAAUGCACACCCUGGAGGAAUCCCCCUGGACGAGAUGAAGCAGACACGAGCAUCGCAGCCGCCACACCAAAGACGACGAAAGAAAGAGAAGGUAAGAAAGAGCUCUCCAUCCUCAACAUUGACAUUGAAAAAAUGAACAAUGUAGUUCUGGAAGGUCUUCUCGAUUUCUUCGGAAUGAAGGCGAAUACAUUGUCCAGGAAAAAGCAAAUCACAGAAUUGGCCAAAAUACAGAGCUACCUAAAUGAGCAAUAUGAAAACAUGUUGAAGGAAUGCAACACCCCGAGUGGUGUACAGAAGGAUAAUAACAAAUUAAGAAAAGGUACAUCUGUGGAGGGGGAUUGUCAAACGGAGAAUGGCACUUGUUCGUAUCACCAUGAUGGGGGUAAGGGAGAUGAGGGUAGAAUGUGCGCCAACGGGGGUAGUAGUAGUAGUAGUGGUGGUGGUGUGAGUAAUUCGAUGAGUGCCCAAGUGGGGGAUGGUCAUACAGAGGCACAGUGCUUCUUCCUAAAUGAAGAGUGGUUUGACGGUGCUUUGGUAGGGGAGGGAAAAAGUACAGACCAGGCCAGUACCACUCAGAUGAUUUCCAACGAAGUGGGUACCACGCAUAGGAGUCCCCCGCAUCCCCUGAAUGAUGAUCAAGCCAAAUCGCAAGAAGACUACCUCAACCGCAUGAAAAAAAAAAUAAAGCAAAUGGAAUUAAAGUCGCUAUUUGAAAGAAUCGAUGAGGCCAUUGGCGUCAAUGAGGUCCUCCACGAUCACAUAAAACGGGACAAGCAAAUUGAGUACUCCCUGUUGAAACAGUAUCUAGUGGACUGCAAGCUCAGCGUCAACCGCGAAAUUGUCAUGUCCUACUGCAAGGACAAGGACAUUCAGGUUGUCAUGAAGAAGAGGGCAAAGGUGUGA